AUGGCAGGAAGGGAUGGUGACUCUUCACAAAACCCACCAGGGUUCGUUGAUUUAAAUGAUUUAGCUUGUAGCAGGGUAAGUGGAUUUUAUGCUCUCCUUGAAAUCCGCUUUACCAUCAGUUAAUUAGCUAAAACACGAGAGUAUAACCAAAUUUUAGAGUGCUGAUGUUGGCGAACCACCUAGGCGAACCUCACGUUAUUUCGCUUGUAAGCGACCACCCAAAAUGCAAAAGACUUAGUAGUGGCAAGAGAGCUAAGGGAGCGAAUUCCCUAGACUUGUACAUGGCCCUCUUCCCAUAAAAAUUAUUUAAAAUCUACUCUUGGUUCUAUUUCAUUUUGCCUGAUUAUUUUAAGCACGUCACAUCACCUUAUUGGUCGGUUAGAUUGGUGUCAUAUAAUUUUAAACUUGGCGGGUAAUUCAUUUGACUGCUAGCCUGUGUAACAGGCGCUUGGAAGUAGUGGGCACGUGAAAAAACGGAUGUGCGAGAAGGAGUCACGCAAGGGGAGAGGGAGCGCCUGCCCGAAAGGCCCACGAAAAUCGUUUCCCGCCCCCACCCUAAUUACCUGGCAGCCGUUGCAUGAUCUGUCAAACGUUUUGACUGAAAACGACUGACCUUGCACAAACAAAGCGUGCUGCCAAAAAGUGUUGUACGUUUUAUCUUCGGUCUAAAUGUAUCUGUUAUAAAGAUCAGCUGGGUUAUCUGAUUAUAGAGGGAUGGAGCAAUAAACUGAUUGUUAACACACAGCUUUAAAUCGUUUUUAACCAUUGGCACAGUGAAUAGGAAAUAACAAAGUCAAAACUGGGUAUCUUUUAAAGAAAGCAUGCUGUGUUUGUUCUCUGAGCUUACUUAGCCACAACUGUACAGACACCAACGAUCACAGUGUACAAGGAAAAUUAAUGACCAUUGUUUUUACUGUGCUAAGUGGCAGCCGUUUUUGGAGCAGACAUGUCUUACUUAAAGCGGACCUAAACUUCAGAACACAAACAGUACCAACACGCUUUCUACUGCAGUAAGGAGACAUAAACAACAGACCUCAGGUCGCCUCUGAACAGCGAAUAAUACAAUAGUGAAAUGUUUUUUUCAAAUUCAUGCCCCUGGUAAGUGUUUCAUUUCAUCAAUCAUGUCCAAGUUUUGAUGGUAUAUGUUCCAUUGACAACACAAGCCGCCAAGUUCUCCUGAGCAAAGAAUAUUCCCUCUGAUCUUUAUUGCAACGAUUCGACAAAUCUUUUGUCUCUCGCCACUUCUGCUAAUGCGUAUCUGAUAUUCCAUCGGAAUACCGUUUGAACACCCCAAUUUUUCUUUGUGAUUACAGCCACAUAGUCGCAUUAAACCAGACUGAAGUGACCUCCGAGACCUGAACUUCAAUUGUAUACAAUGUAGUGGUUUCAGAAGCUAGUGGUGUAAUAUAAGAUCUUCACUACGUUGUCUAUGUACUAUUGAUUGACAAUUUCUCACCCCGCGUGGUAACCUUUUUCCCUCUGGAGCCUCUCGACCAAUUGGAAAUAUCCGCACUCACAGAAUGCCACUUGAAACAAUUUUCGGGGACCUUCCAUGCAGGCGCUCCCUCACCCCUUGCGUGUCUCCCUCAAGCGCGCCCGUUCUCCCUUUCGCCCACUACUUCCAAGUGCCUGCUAUGCAGGCUAUUUGACUGCCAGUCAUGCACAGCAUGCCAUAAUGUGUGAACUUGCUAUUACUUCCAUUGACAAGUCAAGAGAUUUUACAUGGAAAAAUCUCACCACAGUAGCUGCUGAUGACCAAAAUGGUCCUGGCUUAUGGGAAUUGCCCAAUAAAAUGGUUCUGAUGACAAUUAAUUAUAAUUGUAAUUAUUGUGGUCAUUGCUACAUCAGUAGAUAAACAACUUCAAGUAUUAAGUUAAACGAUUGUAAAAGACAACUGUCUCUUCUGGUGACUUCCAUGCAAACCAGCGAGCUGUGAUACCGUCGUUUGGAUCUAAACAUGGACACAAAACGAGAAAAUAUGUUCUAAGGGGGUUGAAACAUGACAUGUGCGACCACCAGACAUUUAAAUGUUUGUUUAUUGUUUAUUGUUGUUUAUUGUUUUUUGUUUGCCAAAAAUUAAACAAAUCAACUAAAAUCUAAUUACCUUAACUCUCAUGGCGAGGAAGCCCAAGAGAAGCCACCGGGCUUAUAAGGAAUGGGCUCCCUCAGUUAGAUAAUUACAACAAAAUAUUAUCAUAAUUACACACGGGAAAAUCAAUGGCAGAGCUACAGUAAAUCUUAAAAUAAGUAUAUUAGAUAGUCGUACUAAUCAUAGUUCUAGGCUAAAAAAAGCGAAAUGACAAAAAGAAAAAAAAACAAAACAAAACAAAAGAAAAUAAAAGAGCAAAGGAAGAAAAAAAAAUACAUAUAUAUAUAUACAUAAAUUACUAUUUAUGAUAAGAGGAAUGCUUUCAGCUUACAGCAAAAGGAAACGGUACUUGUUGCAUUUCGAAUUUCAAAACUAAGAGAGUUAAAAAAUUUAGGACCUUGGAAACUGAUGGAGAACUUUCUUAUAUUAGUCCUGCAUUGUGGUAAAUAAAAAUGCUCCGAACUUCUAGUGCCAUAAGAAUGCACCUGGCGUGUCACCAGAAACAUGUUAUUGAAGCAAUAAGGAAGUAAGCCAGAUCUGUAUUGAUACAUAAAUUUUCCUAUUUGAAGUUUGUAGAUACUCUCAAGAUUCAGAAUUUUUAAAUUUUUAAAUAAGGGGUCAGUGUGAGCAUCGAAAGCAAUCCUCGACAUUAUUCUUACGACCCGUUUUUGAAGUGUGAUUAAUCUUCUGAGGUUUGAUAGGUAGGUUGAUGCCCAGACGCUCACGCAGUAGAAUAAGUAUGGGUAGAAAAGGCUAAAAUAAAGCAUCGGUAAGGAGGAAUUAUUAAGGCAAAAACUUGAUUUAUAAAUUAUACCUAUGGCUUUAGACACUUUCCUAGCAACAUUAUGUAUAUGUGAUUUCCAUGUUAAAUGUUCAUCCAAAAUUACACCAAGAAAAGUAGCUUCCUUAACACGGUCAAUCGAAUAAUUACUAAUAUUAAAAGCUAAAUCAAGUGUUUGCCUGUUUUGUCUCGGUCUCAAUAUGAUAAAAUUAGAUUUCUUAACAUUAAUAGAUAGCUUAUUUGUAUAAAACCAACACGUUAUCUUUUUCAAUUCUAAAUUUACAACUUCCAUAAGAUAGGAAGCAUCAGUAUGCGAAUAGAAGAUAUUAGUGUCAUCAGCAAAUAGUAUCAGCUCUAAGACCUUUGACACAUUACAUAGAUCAUUUAUAUAUACUAAGAAUAACAGGGGACCUAAGAUAGAUCCCUGAGGGACUCCGCAAGUGAUAUCUAAUGAUGAAGAGUUGUAACCAUUAUAUUGCACAAAUUGUUUUCGACAAGACAGAUAACUUUUAAACCAUUGUAAAGCAAUACCACGUACUCCAUAAUGUUCUAAUUUGUCGAGCAAAAUUUCAUGAUUUACUGUAUCAAAGGCCUUAGAUAAGUCAAUGAAUAGGCCUAAAGUUACCCUUGUAUUAUCAAGUGCAUUUGAGAUCUUGUCAUACAAUUGGAUUAAAGCAUGUGCAGUAGAAUAAUUUUUCUGAAUCCAUACUGAUUCCGGGACAUAUUGUUGACAUAUUUCUUCUUCAUUAGAUUUGAAGAUGGAAGAAGUUUGGUUGAAGUUUGGUUGUUGGCUGCGAAACAUGUCAAGUUCGCAUGCAAACACAGACAAAAAUACCUUCACAACAUGCACACAAACUUAAAACAGAUUUCAGAUAAUUGUCAUGGUAUAUGGAUUGGCUCUCAUAUCAUUCUCUCUUGGUGGUGUUUGUUUACAAGAAUUGAACCACAGGGGGUCUUUUCUGAGUAGAGUUCUUGACACAUCUUCUUCUUGAAAGAUACAGCUGUAACUCACUGCAUGCAAUUUUUUUUGGAAGAUUUCUUUCCCUUCAUAAUGCACAACUUAAUUUGUCACACUUGAUCAGAAUGGCAAUCAAUACUAAGCGACUGUUGCGAUUUCGAUUUCAUUGGAAAUACCCAUACAAAGUCUCAAUAAUGAAGCUUAUGUCUUAACACUCUUCCUUCUUUCGUAAACAGGUUGGAGGGAAAAUUUUAUUUGCUACCGAUGACUGGUUUGCAGUAGCUGAAAAUUUGCUUAAGGUAAGAAUUUUAUUUUAGGAGUGCUUUGUGGCAAUGGUGUCAGCUCAGUCUUAAUGAAAAAACUGUGAGAAAUAUUUGAGCAAGUGGCAAGGGACUGCAGGCCAAGCCGCACCAUUUGACCCUUUAACAGUGCCCGAUUAACAGCCCUGCAUAUUUUAAUUUGCUAGCCAAGCCCUCCUGAGUGGCGUGAAGGAGUGUUUACAUCUAAUGGCAAAUGGAUGGAUGGAUGGGAAACAAGACGCAAGAGAAUUCCUGGACAUGACUGGUGUAUAAUCAAACUUGGGAUACCUGGACUCAUCAAAGGCCUUGAUAUUGAUACUGCAUACUUUACAGGCAACUUUCCUCCUAAAGCUUCCAUUCAAGUUGCUUGUUUAGAGGAAGGUACUCAAAUCAAUAAAUUGAAUGAUAUUUGUAUUUAUCCAUUUUCUUUUCUAUAUCACAUUUCUUCUUUUUUCAUUAUUUUACCUAAUAACAACUAUUUUUAGAAGGACUAGUAACUUGCAGACUGAAUGCAAUGCAGGCAUGUGGGAACAGCAGCAACAUGAUUUAUAUUCCCAAAUGAGCUUACAUGAAGCCUUCACAGCUGUAAAACUCUACUAACUACAUGUCACAACUCUAGGCUGAAAUUACUAAACAGGGCCAAAUUUUAAUACCUCUCUCACACUUAAAUAAACACAACCACUGUCAUUAAAAAAAAGACUUCUUAAUGUGUGAACAACUAAACUUCCUGCUUAAAUUCAUCUUCUUUUGUUCUUUUUGGUGUAAAAUUCUAGAACUUUCCAGGUAAUCUAAUAUUAAUAGUGACUAUUAUUAUUUACCAGGCAAUAGUUCCCAUUGUUUUCCCUGUAUGGAAAUGAGUUGAUCUGGUCCAAGUUUUGUAUAAAUAAAUGGAAAUUAAAAAUUGUUGAAGAAACCUCUACAAAAAUUACCUUUCAAUAAUUGGCCUUAGCUCUAAGAUUUUCUGAUUGAAAUAUCGUCUAACAGUAAAAGGUUCUGAGAGCUCCAAUCUCAUGUUUAUGGAUUUUAUUAUGCAUUUCCACUUGCUACAUGGGUGAAACUUGUUAACGUGUUUUUACAUUUACGUCAGAUCCACGGACAACUCUCUUCUGACAGGUCUUUAAAUAAUUGCAUGACUUGGAACUUUACCACAUUCAUCUUUUUCUACUGAUUGCGUUGAAAUUCAAGAUUCAGCCUCCAUGAAACGUGGAUUUAAUUUGCAGGUGCGACUGAACUGUUAGAGUCACACCAGUCAGGGCCUCUGAUAAAUUGCAGAGGAAAAACUCAAAUUUCGCGGGAUUUUUAGGGACAAAUUUGUGGAAAAAAUCGGCCGAUUUAGCGGUAAUUUUGUGGGAGUUUUAAGGGCAAACUUCACCAAAAAGCAAUCGGUAAAAAACGGCCGAUUUUGUGGUUAUUUUCAAGGCAAAUUUUGCUAGAAAUCAAUCGGUUUUGCGUUGAUCAGACCAGCGUUUUUAACGUUUUUCUGACAGAGGUCAUCAUUUGCUCUUUCAACAAUAUGCUCCAGAAAUGAACCAAUGGCAAAGGAUGGCAAAGCAACAUUUCGCAACAUAAUUUACGCCUGGUAGUUUCAGGAUGUUGUUUGCACGUUUCAGUGACUAAGUUCUAAGAUAAAUUUGCAAGUUUAUGGCAAGUAACAGCCCCAAUAACUGAAAUAAGUUUCAAAUAUGUUGUACAGACGUGUAUUUGAUAAGAUUUCUACAGAAUUUUGUGGCAUUUUUCGUGUUUUUGUGAAUUUCGCAGGAUUUCACAGAUUUAACUGAAUUUCGCAGCUCUGUGACCAUGCAAAAUAUCAGAAGCCCUGACACCUGUAAAUAAAGCCCUCUGUCCACAAGAUUUCAACUCAAACUCAAGAAAGCUAAGCCCAUCUGAUCCAGCUACAUUGUAACUCUUACAUUAGUUACUAUGUGCAUUUUUUUUAUUUUCCGUUUUUUUACAUGCAUUAAUUUGCAUGCCAUGACCUAUUCCAGGUUGUUAUAAAUUUGAGUAGUUUUCAACUUUGUUGUUACUGAUGAAGAUGUGAGUCAUAUCAAAACAUGCCUUGGUCAUUAAACAAAAUGAAAGGGAAGAUGAAAGACAACGAUUUGUUUGCUGAUUUCUUGACUAAAUAAUGGCAAAUUUCUUGAACAGGUCAUGAUGCAUUUCCUGAGCGGAAAAGUGAGAUGGGUGCCCAUUCUACUGCUGACCAGAUAAUGGAAGUAGAUAAAUUAAGUAGGGUAGGUUGGUAAUAAUCAUUUUAACUUUCAUAAAUUUAGAAAAGAAAUUUAGGAUAUAGAAAAUGAGCAAGUGACAAAAAUUUGGAAUUUGAUGGCAUUAUCAAGGCCAUGAUUUUUUUGGAUCCCCUAGGUGCUCAUACCCCAGUUAAGGUUUUUGAGAGACAUCUGAAGGUCAUUUAUUAGAAAUUAAGAUGUGAUACAUGGAUGCAAACGGCUUAAUAUUCCAUUGACUGCAGGGCUUGUACCAAGUUAAAAAUAUCAUUCAAAUAUUAUUUGUCCGGUACCUUCAAAUACAAUGAUUCUGGUGCAUGAACCCUGAUGUCUGUUCCAAUGUACGAAUUGUAAACAACGGUUCUAGUUGCAUUUUCACCCAGGAUUUCAGAUCAAAGUUCCGCAAUAUAGAGCGACUCAUUACAUACUGAUGAAGUAUAUAUGAAAUAAUUCAUUUUGAACUGCGGUUGUAGAUGAAAGUGAAGAAUGAUCAGCACAGUAAAUUUUCUAAUUUAAGCAAUUGCUUGCUUUAUUAUGAUCAUUCUUCACUUUCAUUACAUACUGGUAACAACAGAACAGCAUGGAAAUUUUAAUUUAUUUCAUUUUCAAUAUGAUUGAAUGUGACCGGUCAACAUGACUGGCAAGAAGAAAGGUUGACUGGUCAACUCGCCAAUCAAUCCGGACGUUGUCUAUUGACCAGCCAUUAUUUCGAGCCCUGGACUUUCUUCAUAAACACUCACUUCAUUAACCCACACAGAGCUCAAAUACUAAUCUUUUUCUCCGCAUUUACUUGGCUUCUAAGCAAGGCAAUUAAAAAGAGUUGAAGUUACAUGUUCAUGGGAAUUUUCUAGUUAAGUACAUGACUUUUUUAGCAUUUUUCUAUGGCAGGUUUGGCUUUUGUUGUGCUCAUAUUACUGGUUUAUGGUUGGAAAGGCCUCUCCGAUCUCCCUGUACAAAUUAGAUGUCAACAUUUUUGAGACUAUUCAAAUUGAUGACAUCACAAGUGGUACAAGGGGCUUGGUUGUGAGCAGUUUGGAUUCUUUUGCAUGAUGGCAAAACCCUGUUUUAAUCAAACUAUAUGAUAUGUUUUAUUUUUUCUUGCCUUAGCUGUGGACCAACAUUUUGCCAAUGACUGCACUUGCACCAGGCUACUCCUCAACACGUCAUAAUUAUUUCUCUGUUAUCAGCCCAAAGAGGUGGACACAUCUUAGACUGAAUAUUUAUCCAGGUACAACAAGAUUUAAUAGAAGGAUAAUGUUGGAUAAUUGACUGUGUCCCUCAAAUUGAUUUUAAAAACAUUAUCAAAGGAAAUUGGACCACAGAAAGAGCUAGCUAGCACUUUAAUGGUGUACUUAAAACAACUAUUCUUCAGGACUUUAGGUGUGUCUUAAGGUGUGAAAAAAGUGGAGUCAAAACAAUGCACUUUUAUCAAAUUAAGAUGAAAUACAAUAGUCAGUUGGGAAAUCUAAAGGGUUAAGUGUCUGUUUUCAGACACUGAACAAGUCUUGUGGUAGUAAAAUUGAAGGUAUUGUUUGGUUAAAACCAGAAAUUUGAUUUUAAAUUACUCUUAAGUGAAUUUAAAAUAAUAGAUAAUUAUAUACUUCUUAAAAUUGCAAGGAACUUACUUAAGGUAGGAUUGUUAAAGGUACAAAGAGGAGCUUUUCAGCUUAAAGUUAAUUUACCAGUGUCUGAUAGUUUAAGUAUAUAUGCUGGAAACGUCCUGUUAGUUAAACGAAUCAAACAUUUAUAUGAUCUUCUCUUUGUUGGAAUGCUAGAAAGCAAAACAUCAAGUACAAAUAUUCAUCACCAUUUUGUAUUUUUUCCUUUAAAUUUUUAGAUGGGGGCAUUGCCAGACUACGAGUAUAUGGCAUUGCUCUCAAGGACUGGGCCCAAAUCCUGUCUAAGAAGGUAUUUAAUGUAACUAAAUGUAGAGGCAAUUUCCAUACCUUUGAAUUAUUAGAAUAUUUAUCAGGGAAGCAUACCAACUGCCUCCAAAAAAUAAUAAUUAUUUUUUGGAGGCAGUUGGUAUGAUAAUAGAAUACCUAUUCCUUACAAGGUUUUAUACAGCCAAACCAAUCCACACACCACACCAACAACAGACAGCAGUGUGGUCUCUUAUAGAGUGUUUUCACCCUGAAAUCAUCAAAUUCUAAAAUAAAAAUAGCAAGGCCUUCUGAAUUUUUAUCUACACCAGGUUGGAGGUGACCAAGAAAUAAAUCUAUGUAGAACUUCCCAGCCCCAUAGUGUCUUUCAUUUUGAAGAUGCAGCAUUUUGAAUUUCAGUUCAAACUUUUUAAGCAGUAGAAAAUGUGUAUGGCCCUGUUAAUAAGCUCACAAGGAAAACAAAAGUAUUUUAGCACAAACCUGAAAUACAAAUGUUUGUGUUGAUUUCCAGCCGCCAUAAUUAUUGGUGUGCCAUGUUGGUACACCAGCACCAUACAAAGCUCUAUAAAAUUACGUGAAACUUUUCGUUAGAUAGCUAAAAACAGGUGCAAUGCACAGACCUGGGAGUUGGAUACACGUACAUUGUAUGUUGUAUAUUUAUGACUGUUAUCUGCAGGUCAAUCUGCAGUGUGAUCUACGUAUUCCACUUGUGUUUUCAUUACAUCACAAAAAGGAGCAGAUGUCACUCUCUCGUCUUUUGAACAUGACAUGGCCAUCUUUUUGCCAACAGCAAUUUUUUUAUAGCCUGCACCACAGUAAAACUAAAUUUCUGGUUUAGCCUAUCCACAAAACAGGGCCAAAAUCCUUGCUCUGGGUCCCACAUGUGUACCAUGGUUUGAGGAUAUAUGCACUAUGAUUGGCCUGUUAAAAAUCCCAUGGUGGAUUUGCUAAAUCAGGUUGAGGGGAAAUUUGAAAAGCAUUUCCAGUAAUUCGUUGAGUUUGUUGGGGGCCUAGGACAAUGACAUCAGCGCUUUGCUUUGCAGAUGUAACUAGCUACCCAUGGUAACAUUACAUCUGCAGUGCAGACUACAAAAUUAACGUCAUUAAAUUUAUUUAUUUGAGAUGCCAGUGGACUUGGUUGCUAUGGAAAAUGGUGGAACAGCUGUUGGCUGGAGCAACAUGCACUUCGGUCAUCCUCGUAAUCUACUGGCACCAGGAACAGCAGCUGACAUGGGUGAUGGCUGGGAAACUGCACGAAGGGUAAUUAAGUUUAGCCGUGCAUAAUACAGGAAAGAAACAUAAUUUGAAAAUUCUGGGUGACCGUUCAUUCCACUGAAUGGCAGAGCAGUCAGUGAAUAAGCCCAAAUAUUAAUUCCAGGACAUAGACUGACACCUGUAGCCUUAAAUUCAUCCGAUUGCUUCGAGUCAUUUUCUCCUCCCAACAACAUCUGAAUCAACGGGCCGUUAAUGCCGUCCAGUGAUGUCACUCACUAGCCGAAAACCAGGUAGUGAUUUUGAUUAGUCGAUUGUCUAAACAUUUGCAUAAUUAUGUAUAAUUAUGAAAAAUUUUAGCGGGAUUGUCGCUUGAUGUUCAGCAGAUCGCAUCCCUGGCAUUCUUUUGUGUAGUUCAAACAUUUCAAUAAGCUUAAUCUUUAUCUUAAACAGCAAAAUUGCCCUUGUCUUCAAAACUGAAAUUCUAAAUUGAACUGCGAAUGAAGAAUCAUCGCGGAGAGUCAGUAUGUUUUCAUUUGGAGCCGCUUUGUGGUUUCGACGGCCAAUGAUUUUGUUUACAUGAAGUUUUCUGUGAUCAAUAUUAUGAUUUGACCUUCUUGCUAUUUUUACCGUCAAGUGAAAUGAUUCUGUUAGCUUUUUUUCUUGUUUCCUUGUUUUUUUCUUCGUUAAGGACCAAAUAACUUCUUUUCAAUUACAGCAAAUCAUUGUGUUUUUAAACUUAAUGUUCCGUGUGUGUGUUUAUUUUAUUGCAUGAUUGCAACCGAGUUUGAUUAUAUAAUUCAGUACAACUGGUUCAGAGUUGUACUGCAUGCAGUUGAUAGUUUGAACGUUAAACAUGAACUAUGAUCGGAAAAAAUAAAGCAAUUUUGUAUCAUGCAGACAUUUCCAAACGAUAUUUCUCGGUUUGCCACUUGAAGAUUGUGUGUUACUUUUUGCAUAAAUCCAAGCAAAGGUCAAGGAGUAGUGACGUCACUGGACUGCAUUGACGGCCGGUCGAUUCAGACGUUAUUGAGGGAGUAAUAACGACUCAAAGUAAUCGGAUGAAAUUAAGGCUAUGAUACCUGUAGUCAAAAUCUUAAAGCAACAACUUUGAAUGGAGGGAAGGAAGGGGGUGAGUGUCAUAGUUCUUAAUAGAUGUGUUAACUUACCAGGUCUACUGGCAGUGAUGUUUAGGAAAAAAGGCCUGUUUUUUGUCAGUGUGUCAACUUGUUUUGCAAUUGGUUGUAGCUCUGCGGUAAAAAGGUAAACUCAGGUUUUAUUAAUCAUGAAUUAUAUAUGAUUUAACCAUUGCUUUAGUUGGAUCGACCCUGUAUUCUUGAGCUGGGUCAUGAUGGAUGCCUGAAGGUUCCAGGUGAGUUCAUGAAAGCCACCAUGUUGCUCUUGCUCUCUUACCUUUGUACAAAACAUGGAGCUUUUAGGCAAGUGCUUUGAAACAUGUUUUUCUUAAUUAUUGCUGUUAUUAUUUUUUCUUUAUAAGAUUUCUUUUUGUUUAAAUUGUUUGUUAGUUUAUGUCCUCUUUAAAUCAGUGUGAUACUUGCUCCACGUUUUCAAGUAGUGAGGGUAUUAGUCAAAUAUUUGUUUGUUAGAAGUUCUAGAUCCUGUGUAGUUGGAACCGGCAAUUUGUUGCAAGUUGCAUCAAAGUUGCAUCAGGCAACUAAAUUGUACAAAAUUUUGAUAUCACUUACAAUUGCUGGUUCUAACCUAGAAGUUCUAACUAAAACAUAAUACAACUUGGAACACCUCAAGAAAUGGAAAACAAGUUGUUUUAUAGCUGAAAGACAAGCUGCAAAAGCUAAGUGUAAAUAAUUUGUGUAAGAUGUACUGAAGAUCAAGCGAAAGACUAAUUCUCACAAUUAAGAUAACAAUAAUGAUAUGUUGAAUGAAUUAUAUCAAAAUAAAUUAUUUUAUUAUAUAAACACCAAUGAAAUACCAGGUGAGCUUUUGUGCGAAAACUUGAUAUCUUCACAUGUGAAAAUAACAUGUUAUCUUCACAUGUGAAAAUAUCACCGUUGCUAUGGCUACAUAAUAAAUCCUGCCUUUCACACCAAAAAACCAAUUAAAGUGAAAUGGUUUGGUAUUUCAUUGGUGUUUAUAUAAUAAAUAAAACAUUACAGGGCCGGUUGGAGAUACGAAAUUCUCAUGUUGAAAAACUGGAAGAGAAAUUUCGUAUCUCCAUGCGGCCAUGUAAUAUCCUCUAUAUCUCUUACUCUCUUUUUCUUGACAGGUUUUGAGUGGUCAGUUAUAAAGUUAGGACACCCAGGAACUGUGCAAAAUGUACGUUCUUUCUUAUUAAUACAGUCUUUUUUUUAUAAGAACUUUUUAUAAGAAAAUUGAGCCUGAAAUUUGUUAAAAUAUUAAGAACAUGCUAAGAACAUCCCCGAGUCACAGAGAAGAACUAUAAUGUUUAUUUUUCACUGGUUUUACUUUCCUAAAUCCAGAAAAUCUGAAUUACAUAAUGUCCCACAUGGAAUCGGAGUGCAUGUAAGAUUUUGUUCUUUUAACAUUAUUCCUAUUGUGCAUGGUCAAUAACACAGUACAUUUACAUUGUACUUGCACAAUUCAUUAGCAAUGGUAACAGCACUGAGUGGAGUCCAAUUUGGUCUGUAAUCAUACGAGUGAUUAACAAAAUCACGCGGGAGUCCGAUUUGUUUAAUCACGAGUAUGAUUACAGACCGAAUUGGGCGACACGAAGUUCUGUUACCAAUUAAUCAUAACUUUAACAAAAUUUGUGAUAUAAUAGGCUAUUUUUUAAAUCAAAACACAAGAAAUUGGAAAUUUUGUUUUGCUAGCAGUGAAAAAAAAAAGCCAUUUAAGCGCGCGCGUGAUGGCGCGUACUGUCUAAGUACUUAGGCAUGACGCGUACUGUCCUAUUAAACUGUCCAAUUAAGGCUGAAAUCAGGGCAGUUGAUAGCCAAUCAGAUUUGAGAAUUUUGUUAUAGUUAUGAUUAAUAUGAAAACAAUAUUAAUAAUGAUUAUCUUAUCUUGUCUAUAUGUAGCUAAAACUUAUCAGAUUUCUUACUGAAAUUUAAGAACAUCUGUAGGAACAUUUCAAGGCUCAAACUGCCAAGAAAAUAACAACAGUCCAGGCCCAACUCGAAAAAUGGACGUUCUUAGAAAAAAAGAGUGUUGGAAUGUUAUUUGCACAUUUUAGGGGUUUUCUAUCUUUGUCUACCCCUUUAAAGCCUUCUGAAUUACAGUGUAAAGCUGGCCUCACAGUGCAUCGGUCCUCUAAAUGUUGAAUAUUACUUCAUGAAUUAUCUUUAGCAACAUUGCCUGAUGGGCAGUGGCUAGUUGAUAGCAGAAUCUGUUUGAAAGUAAAUUCAAUAAAUAAUUGGAAUCAGACGUUACCUAGUCCUCAACCUUCUUCUUGUUUUCCAUGUUGGAAAAUGAGAGGACCCUGGGGAUGAGAUUGCUCAGUACUAAAAAUCACUUUUCAACAAGCACUUGACACAUCAGUUUUCUGUGAUUUGUUCUCACUAUGUAUGAUCAGUAUUUAAGAACUCAAUUCAGCUUCUUGUAUGUAGUGAACCAGAUGAUGAAAUUCACCUGCACCAGUCAAUAUUGACGAGAGGAGAAAGAAACCGAAUAUGAAUUAAAAAGCAUUCUUUUAUUCCCACUGUUUAUUUAAAACCUAAACCUUCAGGAAUUAAUUUAUUUUGUGAAGUAAACUCUUCCAUUUCCAUUGAAUUUUAGAUUGAAAUUGAUACGAACCAUUUUAAAGGAAACUUUCCAGAUUCAUGUGUUAUAGAAGGUAAUACUACCUUAUUUAAGAGCAGAUAAUAAGUCCUACAUUCACAGUAGAAGGGCCACAAAGUUUAAGUUAGAGUGCGAUAGUCAAAUAAAAGAACCGUUUUUAUGCGCAUUUUGGUCUUUUGUAUACACAGGUGGCCCAAGCGUAAUAUGAGAGUUUGUAUGGGAAAUAAAGAGUUUGAAACUUAGAUAAAAUAAAUGGACUAAAAGCCAUAAAAGUUAUCAGUAAAGUGUAAAUAUUGUUACCUCGUGUCGUUGUGUUUGUUUUUACGAAGUUUCAGCGCGAUUUGAGUACUUUUACAUCAUUUGACCUGACAGUGUAAUAAUAAGAGACAAGGUAGGGCAGAAUCGCUCGAUCGACCUUCAGAGCUGCUCAGAAUCAGCUCCAAAUUUCACGCGAAAAAACAAACACACUUACAUUUUACACCGCCGAAUCCACAAAGUGAUGUCUUAAGAUCACCUUCCUGUAAUCCGUUCCGGUAAAACUUGCGUCUGAAUCGCAUAACUCGAUCGAAAAGAUCAACUACAGUUCAAAAAUCCAUUUAGGUAAAGACGCGAGAGAGAGACGCGAGAGAGAGAGAGCGAGGGAGAGACGCGAGACGGGCGUGUGAGACUCGCGCGCUUCGCGCGCGUAAGACUCUUACGCCACGCUUUACCUAUUUCUUUACUGAUUUUGAGAAAAAAACCGACUGUUUUGCAGUCUACCUCGGAGAGACUUUACAUGACAUAUGCUCUACAUUUGGAACCCAAACUAGCAAAUACUCGACUUAUUUCUGGUGACGAAUAUGCUUGAAAUCAUCUGAACUUCACGCAUACUUCCUUUCUUUUGUGUGUUUAUUUUAUUAAUUUUUAUAUCAGUUCAGCUAAACUACUGCUGAGGGAUUAUUUUCCCCUUAUUAAUUAUUCUGGUUGUUCCUUCUAGGUGUCUUAAUACCAAAGGACAAAUACAUGUUUGUUUCCAGUCAGGACUGGACUUUGUUCCCGUGGAAAACACUUUUACCCAGUGCAAAGGUACUUGCUUUGUUUAUGCUUUGAUUUUCUUAAUUUACUUUUAUUAGUGGUGGCUGAGUUAUUAGAUAUAAUAUACUAUCUAAUGGUCUGUUCUGGUUCUCUUUUCAGUUGUCUCCACACAAACGUCAUUUUUUCUCCAAACUUAAAGACUGUGGUGUAAUUUCCCAUGUACGACUGACUAUUUAUCCUGAUGGUGGUGUUAGCCGAUUGAGAUGCUGGGGAUUACCCACUGAUCUUAAUUACUGUAAAUUGUGACAUAUGGAUGACAAUUUGUAUAUGGAUUAAGUGCCUGACACCAAUUUCCCAUGGACAGCGCUGCUUUCAAGUCAUGAGAUCUACACACUGGCUAUGUUAUAACUAGUUCCUCCUGUCAGCUCGGAGAUUUGAACGGUUAGAAUACAAAUGCCCUUGUUUGCCGACUUAAGGUUUGUUUGGGGACGGAACGUCCAAGGGGUUGGUUGAAGCUUUGUGUGUGAACCUUUCCACAAUGGGUUAUUGGCCAGGAACCCUGUCGUCGUAGAGUCAGACACUCGGCUAAACCUUCUAUAAAUGGUCUAGACAAUGCGUGGGCCGGCUGCGCAGGUUAUGUCAUUGCGAUAUGUCUAAUUCGGGUUGGUAACCUUACUGUAACUUUACCUCACAGAUAAGGUUUUAAUUUGGAGUUUAUUUUGAACGUAGACAUAAAAAGCGAGCUACAUAAACUUUAGCUUUUUUUCUUAGUAUAGUAAAGUUUAAUAAAGAUUGAAUGGCCGUAUCGAUUAUGAGCUUCAAUCACUCAGAAAAUUUUAAUUUUUGAAUGUUUUUAAAUAGCAACAAUUGUUUUUUUCUUCGUGAGUCAGAAAUCAGAGACAUUUCUAAAUAAUAUUAACGUCGCUACAAUCACGUGACGAGCUGUGUGAAAAUGUUAUCUUGUUUGGAACAGAUAAUUAAUUUAUGAACUAAAGAACGAUGGUGCAUUUUUAAAUUUAUUUACUGGCCAUCAAUUAAAUAAGUGCACUUUAAAUGUGAAAAUUACAGAAAUAUGAAACUGUGAGAGGUGUCA